UAACACAGGAAGCUCAAACAUGUCUUCUCUGACAAGAUAGCAGUUAGUGUAUGGAUAGAGACGAUUUAUUAAUGCCAUUAACUGUCAAAGGUCUUUCUCUCCUAGUGUCUCUGUUGCCGCUGGUUUCCUCAGUAGCUGUCGUGGUUCCGCUGCUGCUCCUGCUGGUCUUGGUGGCGGUCUGUCUGGUCUGCAAGAGAAAGAGACGAUCCGAGCAGCCUGUUAACCUUGUCCAAACUCAAUUGGCUGUCAGAUUCAGCAACGAUUAUGAAAAUAACAAGUAUGAGGACGAGGAUGAUGUCUACCAGAACAUUAAUCCAGCGGACACCAAGAAGAAACUCAAAGAGGAAGCUGGGAGAGUGGAAGAAGAGGAGAGUGAUGAUUAUGAGGAGCCAGAGAGUAACGAAGGUCAUGAGGAAGAAGAAGAAACCAGUGACGAUGAAGCCGACUAUGAAAAUGCAUCCGAGCCAUUGGAUGAACUAACUGUGGACAUUUAUGGAGAACAUGAGGAUAUUUAUCAAAGCUUUUGAGGUGUCCGAUGGUGAAAUGUUGAAUAAUGCUGAAGAAAUUGUAUCUUGAUCUCUUCCUGUCUCAGGAGAAUUGACUAGUCAUUCAAUUGUCAUUAUGUUGAUAUGCCAGACUAUAUUGCUAUAGUUUGUUACCAAAUUAUUGUCGGGUUGGCGUAUUUGAACGUUUGUUUUGUCAUUUGAACCAAAAAAUUAAACAUUUUCCGUUUUUGGUUUUCACCCCCCCAAAUAAAGAGUAAGCACAGCCGUUUUUCUCUACGAAAAAAUUGAGAGAACCAAACUAACGAGCCGAUUCGUUUUUGCCUUUGAAGAGAGACGCAAAGCAUACCAGGAAGUAAGAGUAUUUCAAAAUAAAAGUCACGGCAAUAGAAUGUCUUCAUGCAAGGAAUUCUUAUUGUCAAUUAUAAACUCCAAAUCAGCAUUAAGUGUGGGUGCAACAACACUGAACAACAAUCAUUUGACAACUUUAAAAUGAUGCUCUCUUAUACAAUAUCUCACAGUGCUAAAUCAUUCUUUAGACCAGCGGUUCCCAAACUUUUUAGGCCACUCAUCCCCUUCUACAUCCCGACCG